GAUCCUGUGAAGGGAAACUUAUCGAAGGCAAAGAUAUGGUUUCUGGAGAAAUCUAGAAAUCAAUCGACUCCACUCCCCAUCCCUCUCCAGAAAUGUCUACUCUAUCCUUUAAAAUAUGAACCGUUAGGCUCUCUUUCUAUCAUCAUCGGUUCCAUUUUUCAUCUUUCUCUUUGAUAAUAUUAGUGAUAAUCAAAGGCAGAGCUCCAAUUUCUCUUCUUUCCAUAAACCAAUCAAGGGUGAACAACAACCUUGAAAGAAAAAUGUCUCAAGCUCUUUCAAAUCUGACCAUCUCUUUCCCUUUAUAUUCCUCCAAUAAAGCCAGCAAUUUAUCUUGUCACCUUCCCUUUUCAAAACUCCCCCAGAACUUGACACAGAACAGAUGUUUCAGCUGUAAGAACAGCAUCAAGGCCAUGGCAGGAGAGAGUAGAGACAACCUUGACCACUUGCAAAGAGUUGGCAAACAUCACCACUCCCAACCCAACAAGAAAAGGACUGGCCCUGAUUCACCAAUAGGGUUGUGGAACAGGUUCCCAACAGCAAGAACGGUGCAGCAGAUGAUGGAAACAAUGGAGAGGUUGAUGGAAGACCCUUUUGCAUACUCAGGCACGUGGCCAUCCUCUUUGCCGACUGAGAACGGGGGUUACAGUAGAGGCAGGACGCCAUGGGAGAUUAAAGAAGGAGAGGGGGAGUAUAAGAUGAGGUUUGAUAUGCCUGGCAUGACCAAAGAUGAUGUGAAAGUGUGGGUUGAAGAGAAGAUGUUGGUUGUCAAAGCUGAGAAAGUGCCUAAGAAGAAGAUUAAUGAUGAAGAGAAUGGAGAGGAAGGAGAAUGGUCUGCUAAGAGCUAUGGGAGGUAUGGUAGCAGAAUUGCAUUGCCUGAGAAUAUCCUGUUUGAGAAGAUUAAAGCUGAGGUGAAAGAUGGGGUUUUGUACAUAACCAUCCCCAAGGCUAGUAGUAAUGCUAGAAUUUUGGACAUCAAUGUCCAAUGAUUGAUUUUUGUGCUUGCUUCAAAUUUCUUUUGGCUUUGUCUUUUUUAAAGUUCAAGGUAAGAAAUUAAUCCGCAGAAGUUGCUAUUUGAGUUUACCAAAGUUGUUUGCAAAUGUAAUUGCCAAGUGUUCAAUUAGUUUUGCUGAUUACUUUUACAAAGAUUAUUCCUUUGUUUUAAGCUUUUCUGAAUGCCAAAUAACUAUUACAAACCAGUUACUCUUUCUCUAAAAAAAAAGUGAUAAAUUUUGAAUUUCAUAGGACUGAUAUAAUCUUUUAAAAGUGGUAAGAUGA